AAACACUCAGUUUCUUUUGCCACCUGGCGCUGUGCGCUCCUAUACUGUUCGUCUCUCGAACGAGGAAUCCCUUGCUAUUUUUAUUUCUUUCGCAUUAACCGUUGCUCCUUCUGUCGCUGCCAAUUUUCUUCUCGCGCGUUCUAUUCACUUUGAUGCAAAAUUUUUUUGAGUUCUCUUCGCAUUCAAGGCGGAACGAAUUGAAUCUUCUUCCAUUUUUUCGUCGAUUGAUAAAGAGCCCCAAAAUCUCAGUGGCUGGAGGUGCAGAAGAGUUAGGAGGAAGAUCACCGUAGAUAGAUAGGCCGGUGUAAUCCGGCGACCCGCGGAAGAUGCUUCCGGACGCAGGCAGCGAAGAUGAGGAGAAAUGGCUGGCCGAGGGGAUCGCCGGCCUCCAGCACAACGCCUUCUACAUGCACCGCGCUCUCGACUCCAACAAUCUGCGUGACGCCCUCAAGUACUCGGCUCAAAUGCUCUCCGAGCUGCGCACGUCUAGGCUUUCCCCCCAUAAGUACUACGAGCUCUACAUGAGGGCGUUCGAUGAACUGAGGAAGCUGGAGAUGUUCUUUAAGGAGGAGACCAAGAGGGGAUGCUCUGUGAUUGAUCUGUACGAGCUUGUGCAGCAUGCUGGGAACAUCCUUCCUAGGCUGUAUCUCCUAUGCACAGUGGGAUCUGUGUGCAUAAAAUCAAAAGAAACUCCAGCAAAAGAGAUCCUUAAAGACCUAGUAGAAAUGUGUCGAGGCGUACAACAUCCGGUUAGGGGGCUCUUUCUCAGGAGUUAUCUCUCUCAGAUCAGCAGGGAUAAGUUGCCUGAUAUUGGCUCAGAGUAUGAAGGGGAUGGUGAUAGUUUUAUUGAUGCUGUUGAGUUCGUGCUUCAGAAUUUCACAGAAAUGAAUAAAUUAUGGGUUCGGAUGCAACAUCAGGGACCUGUUCGAGAAAAGGAGAAGCGGGACAAAGAGAGGAGCGAGCUUCGAGAUCUUGUUGGCAAAAAUCUUCAUGUUCUCAGCCAAAUAGAUGGAGUUGAUCUUGAUAUAUACAAGGAUACUGUGCUUCCUAGAGUAUUAGAACAAGUGGUCAAUUGCAAAGAUGAAUUGGCCCAACAUUAUCUGAUGGAUUGUAUUAUCCAAGUCUUUCCGGAUGAAUACCACUUGCAGACUCUGGAAACAUUAUUAAGUGCAUGUCCGCAACUCCAGCCGACUGUGGACAUCAUGACAGUCCUAUCUCAGCUUAUGGACAGAUUAUCAAAUUAUGCUACCUCUAGCACGGAAAUUUUACCAGAAUUUCUUCAAGUAGAGGCCUUUGCUAAGUUGAGCAAUGCCAUUGGAAAGGUCAUUGAUUCCCAGCCAGAGAUGCCAAUUGUUGGUGCCAUAACUUUAUAUGUCUCACUUCUUAAGUUUACUCUUCGUGUGCAUCCAGAUCGUCUUGAUUAUGUGGAUCAAGUACUGGGAGCGUGUGUUAAGAAACUCUCAGGCAAACCAAAGAUUGAGGAUAACAAGGCAACUAAGCAAAUCGUUGCCCUUCUAAGUGCUCCAGUGGAAAAGUACAACGACAUAGAUACUGCAUUAAAGCUCUCUAACUAUCCUAGAAUCAUGGACCACCUUGAUAAUGCUACAAAGAAAAUCAUGGCGGUUGUUAUUAUUCAAAGCAUCAUGAAGAACAAUACCUACAUAUCUACUGCAGACAAGGUUGAGGCAUUAUUUGAGUUAAUAAAAGGGCUUAUCAAGGAUAUGGAUGAGAUUCAAGAUGAGGAGCUUGACGAAGAGGAUUUCAAGGAGGAGCAAAAUUCAGUUGCUCGCCUCAUUCACAUGCUGUACAAUGAUGAUCCAGAGGAGAUGCUGGAGAUCAUUCAAACCGUUCGGAAGCAUAUUCUUCUUGGAGGACCUAAACGCCUUGCUUUCACCGUACCACCACUUAUAUUUUCUGCUCUUAAGGUUCGUUUGUUAUGGUACAUGUAUCUAAAUUGUUUGGUUUUUGAUCUGGUGGGCUUAUGCGGCAUUCUGAUGUCUUUUGCUUCUGUUGCUAACAUCUCGAUUUUUCUGGAGUGUCUUUUUCUGCUGUUGCACAUGUUUUGGCUGCUCGUUUGGGCUAUGAUGAGUGAUGCCAACAUCCUACCUGGUUACCCUUUGGAUGGCCUCGCUGGAUGGCCCUGCGACAACCAGGGGUUCUCCGCCUUCUAUAUGGUAUUGCUGAUCCUUCUCGAUGAGGCAUUUUUAUUGGCUGGUUUUUUACUGGAGCUUUCUCUUUCUAUUGAUCUCUUGUGUGCUGGAUAUCUUAUUUGGUCUUUCCGUAGCAUAGAUCCUUUUCUGCUCUUAUACUCUUCUUAUGCUUGCAGAGUUCUCCUAUGCUUAAAGCGUGCCAUUAGGAUUGCAAAUGCUGCCCAGCAAAUGGCCAAUGUUACAAGGGGCAGCAGUGGACCCGUCACAUUGUUUGUUGAAAUACUCAACAAGUAUCUGUAUUUCUUCGAGAAAGGAAAUCCUCAGAUCACCAGCUCGGCAAUUCAGGGUCUGAUUGAAUUGAUUAUGAACGAGAUGCAAAGUGAUAACUCACCAUCAGAUCCAUCAGCUGAUUCUUUCUUUUCCAGCACAAUGCGUUACAUUCAGUUCCAGAAGCAGAAAGGUGGUGCCAUUGGCGAAAAGUACGAGCCAAUCAAGGUUUAGUAGAAGCAGGAUGCCCAGAUACAGAAUUGGCACUUUCAUACUAAUCUCAGAUUUGGGUAAUAAGAUUAUGUAAAUUGUGCUAUAUUUUCCAUUGUCUUCAUUCUUGAUGCAUUCUUUUCCCAGUUUCCUCUGCUUUCAAUGCUGUCAAAGUGAUGUAUACUAGACCAAUUUCAAUUUUUGAAGAAUAAAAUCUUGACUAAAUUUUUGAAAUCA